AUGAGUUAUUACGAAUUUUGUGGUAGAACAACGUUUGCCUUUAAAUACGAGUAUUGGCAUUCCCGUGACAACAAUAGAAGCCUUGUUCUUCUUGGUCUUGGUGUCAAUAAGUUAUACUGUUAUAGUGCUGCCUGCUGCUUAAUCUUCCAUUGCAUACGGUGGUUUAAUCAAUUCGCCAAAACGGGUCUCCCUCUGUGGAUGCUUGGUUUCGGUGCGGACCUCUUGUGGGCCGACAUGAACCGUCUACUUGCUUUUCUUUUCCACCAGGGAGUGUUGGAUGAACAGUUUUUGCAGCUUCAACAGCUGCAAGAUGAGGCCUCCCCCAACUUCGUCUCUGAGGUCGUCAACAUUUAUUUUCACGAGUCCGAGAAGCUACUCAACAAUCUCAGAGGAUUGCUAAUGGAAAGGGAGUUAUCAGAUUACAAGAAAAUGGGAAUCCAUUUGAAUCAGUUCAUGGGAAGCAGCUCAAGCAUUGGUGCCAAGAGAGUCACAAACAUUUGCGUUGCCUUUCGUGCUGCUACAGACCAGAGCAACCGUGCAGGAUGCCUGAGAGCGUUGGAGAUGCUGGAGCAUGAAUACUGCUAUCUCAAGAACAAGUUGCAUGAAUUGUUCCAAAUAGAGCAGCAACGUGCUUUGGUAGCUGGAGUAAGAUACCCUGUGCAGAACCAAUAAUGCAACUGAAUUGGUGGAACAAAUACAUAUAUCUGAAUGAUUUUGCCUUCCCUUUUGACCCUUGCUUUGCUUUUUCUUCUAUUGUAGCUUUGCAAGGCUAAAGGCACGCCUUUCUAGCUAGUUGUUUUAGAGACAAACCACGAGACAGUUAAAUAAAUAUCUAUAUAUAUAGAUAUUUAUAUAUAUAAAUACACCUAGGUUAUGUGGGGAAUAGAAAGAAACUAUAGGGAUGAUCAUGACCUUGGGUAUUUGAAUUCUCUUGUACGUAAAUGUUGGUAUCAUGCAAGCUCUUGUAGUUUA